AUGACCGUCUCCUUCACAGUCCUGCUCUGUCUGGGUGAGAUGUGGAGAUGGGGAGGGAUGCUGUGCUCUGGGAUUGAUGCUGCCCCACAGCCCAGCACGGGGCUGACUCUGGGCCUCAGGACCACAGUGCUGGCAGGAAACUUCCCUAAACCUAUCCUCAAAGCACAGCCAGACACUGUGGUCCCAGAGCAGACUACAGUGACCUUCUUGUGUGAAGGGACCACGGGAGCCCAAGAAUACCGUCUGUAUAGAAAUCGACAAUAUUUAAGGCACAUAGACAGACUACCAAAUCCUAAUAACAAGGCUGAAUUCUCAAUCUCAGAAGUAGACCCUCACAAAACAGGCCAAUAUACCUGUCAAUAUAGGACCCGUGGUGGAUGGUCAGAGUACAGUAACUCACUGGAGCUGGUGGUGACAGGGGCCUACAGUAAACCCAGCCUGUCAGCCCAUCCCAGCCCUGUGGUGACUGAAGGAGGGAAUGUCACUCUACAGUGUGUCUCAAGGAAACAAAGUUGCAAGUUCUUUCUGACUAAUGAAGGACCACAGAAGGUCUUCUGGACACGGCAAUCAAAGUACAACUACUCUACUCGGCGGUACCAGGCCCAACUCCUUGUGGAUGCUCUGACCUCUAGCCAAAGGUGGACAUUCAGAUGCUACAGCUUUGAGAGUAACAGACCACUGGUGUGGUCAGAACCUAGUGACCCCCUGGAGCUCCUGGUCUCAGGGACCCUUCACAAACCCACCAUCAAGGCUGAGCCAGGCACUGUAGUCGCCUUAAGAAGCCCCAUGAACAUCUCGUGUCAGGGGACCCUGGAUGCAGUAAUGUAUUUUCUGCAUAAAGAGGGAAGCCAACAAACCUGGGGUACACAGACCCCAAAAGAGCCUGGGAACAAGUCCACGUUCUCCAUUCCUUCUGUGUCAGAGGACAGUGGGGGGCAAUAUCGCUGUUACUGUUACAGCUCAGCUGGCUGGUCAGAGCCCAGUGACACCCUGGAACUGGUGGUGACAGGAAUCUAUGACAGGAAACUCAGUCUGUCAGCACUGCCCAGCCCUGUGGUGACCUCA